AUGACCACUCCCGAUUCCAAUGCUCUCCUUGAUUUGCUUAUCGCCAACAUUUCCUGGGCAGGCGCCAUAAACAAAGUCGCCCCAAAUUUCUUCCCUGAUUCUGCUCUGGGCCAGAGUCCUAAAGUCCUCUGGAUCGGAUGCUCCGAUUCACGAGUUCCAGAGAGUGUCAUUACCGUACGCAAACCAGGGGACGUCUUCGUCCAUCGCAACAUUGCCAAUCAGUUCGUUCCAAAUGACUCGAACAUUUUAUCAGUCAUCCAGUACGCAGUAUUGGUGCUGAAGGUUCAACAUAGUAAGUAUGGCGGCCACACAAAAUGCGGAGGAGCAGCGGCAUCCUAUGAUCUCCUUUGGUCGCCAGAUCCCCCUCAGGGUAUCCUAGGGACGCCUUUGGGCGAUUGGCUUGAACCACUCAUCAACUUGGCAAGAGAACUUGGGCCUGCAACCAAUCGGGAAGAAGGGGUUCUAAGGCUAUUGGAGGAGAAUGUUAGAAGGGCUGCGAUGAACAUCGCGAGAUCAGACGUCGUUCAGCAAGCCCGGAUGCCAGUAAAGGGUGAGUCUCAUCUCCUGCAUGGAUGGAUCUAUGUCCUUGAGACGGGUACCCUCAGAGACCUUUGUGUUUUCCGUGAUGAUUAGUGUUCCGUGGGCUUCCCGGUCUCGCGCUUGUGUAUUAUCCUUGUCUCUUGUUUCCAAUAAACCCCAGCUUUCCAACGCACUU